ACCAAAGUACCUUCCGGUGUCCAGGUCUUAGGAGAGAUGGGAUUGCUUCUCUGUCUACCUUUCUUCCUCCUGCUCUCAGCAGCAUCAUCUCCCUUGAACGAUGUUCCCAACAGCUCCUGCUCUGCCAAAUUCAUGGAUCCACUCCGCAACCUCAACAGCUCGGGCCUCCACCUCACUCUCCAUCACCCCAGGAGCCCCUGCUCCCCGGCCCCCUUCCCCGACCUUCCCUUCUCCGCCAUCCUCUCCCACGACGAGGCCCGCGUCCGAUCGCUCGCCGCCCGGCUGACCAAGUCCAUGCCCAAGCCCGUGUCCUCUCUCCUCCGGCCAGCCGCCAUCUCCGUCCCCCUCUCCCCUGGCGAUUCCAUCGGCGUCGGCAACUACAUCACCCGUAUCGACCUCGGCACGCCUGCCAAGUCCUACGUCAUGUUGGUCGACACCGGGUCCUCCCUCUCCUGGCUCCAGUGCUCCCCUUGCAGCGUGUCCUGCCACGCCCAGGUGGGUUCCGUAUUCAACCCCGCGUCUUCCGCCACCUACCGCGCCGUCUCCUGCUCCGCGUCCGAGUGCGACAGCCUCGAGUCCGCCACUCUCAACCCUUCCGCGUGCUCCCAGUCCAAUGUCUGCAUUUACCAGGCCAGCUACGGUGACAGCUCCUUCUCCGUCGGUUACCUGAGCAAGGACACGCUCUCCUUAGGCUCCGGCCAUAGAGUGGCUAACUUCGUCUUCGGCUGCGGCCAGGACAACGAGGGCCUCUUCGGGCAGUCCGCCGGCCUCAUCGGCCUGGCGCGUAACAGGCUCUCCCUGCUAUCUCAGCUUGCGCCAAGCUUGGGCUACUCUUUCUCUUACUGCCUCCCCACCACCGGAUCCACCGGAUACCUGUCGAUCGGCACCUACGAACCGGGGCAGUACUCAUACACCCCCAUGCAGUCGAGCUCGUUGGACGACACCUUGUACUUCGUCAGGCUCACCAGCAUUACCGUCGGCGGUCGAGGUCUGCCGGUGUCGUCCUCGGCCUACACCGGUACGCCGACGGUCAUCGACUCGGGGACGGUCAUCACGCGGCUCCCGUCGGACGUUUACGACGCAUUGAGCAGCGCGGUGGCAGCAGCGCUGAGGGGCUACCCGCGGGCGCCGGCGUACUCGAUACUCGACACCUGCUUCAAGGGGGGCCUAAGUAGGCUGGCGGUGCCGGCGGUGGAGAUGGUGUUCCAGGGGGGCGCCACGCUAAGACUGGCGCCCAGGAACGUGAUGAUCGACGUGGAUAGCUCGACGACGUGCCUGGCGUUCGCGCCCUCCGGGAGGGUGGCGAUCGUCGGCAACAAGCAGCAGGAGACGUACAGCGUGGUUUACGACGUGGGCAGGUUGAGGAUUGGGUUCGCCGCCGGUGGCUGCGGCUAAGAUUGUGGCUGUGGUGCUUGCAUUGUGAUUUGAUGUACGGUGGUGUGCUAUGGUAUAAAAAUGCUAAAGCUGGGAGGUUGGGUGAUGUAUAACUGGACCGUAGAAAUACUUGUUUGGUGCAUCCUGAUGUAAUCUAGCGUUCCACAAUAAUACGAUUGUGGGGAUUGAGUCACCGCCACGUCUACGCUAAGGAAGUCAGACGUGGCCGUGACAGUAUUAAAUAAAUGGAUCUCGUUGUUUCAUA